AUGUCCAAGCCAACAGCCAACUGGGAGAAGGUCGGUGACAAGUUUUACAGGAAAGUACAGCUUUACCAGGCUGUCUUCGAUCAGGAUCUCGAGCUCGAGAACUACAAUGUGGUGGGGGCGCCGUAUAGCGGUGCUGUAGCUGUCUACCGUGAUGAGGACAAGCUGCAUACCUACCGUGGUCCUGGCGCGUCCAAAUCGAGCAUCGACAUCUACAGCUGCGCGGGCAAGCUGAUUCGCAGUAUAAACUGGGACAAGGGUACAAUCAAGGGCCUGGGAUGGUCUGAAGACGAGAAGUUGCUGGUCAUCACAUCAGAUGGAACGGUGCGCUGCUACUAUGACCUCCAAGGCGAUUUCGUGCCCUUCACACUCGGCCACGGCGCAGACGAACACGGCGUAGUAUCCUGCAAAUUCUACAGCACUGGUUUCGUUGCGCUCCUAGGGAACAACCACCUCAUAUCCGUUACCUCGUACACCGAACCGCGUCCUAAACUCCUCGCCAUACCCCCGACCGAACCUGUCAUAUCAUGGAGCAUCAUACCACCUGCGUACUCCCUCUCGCGGUCGGUCGAAGUUAUACUGGCGAUCGGGUCAACGCUGUAUGUCGUUGAUGCGACCGAGGCAGAAGACCGCAACUUCGAUGCUGGACCUUUCAGGCAUAUCAGCGUUAGUCCACGCGCAGAAUUCCUUGCUUUCUAUACAGAAGAUGGGAAGGUCUGGGUUGUUAGUGGCGAUUGGAGUGAGAAGCUCAGCGAGUACGACAGCAAGAUCAAGACAGUACCAAAAGAUAUGGAAUGGUGCGGAUCGAAUGCUGUCGCACUAGCUUGGGAAGACGAGGUACACCUGAUCGGCCCCAGAAGCGCAGCGACCAAGUUCUACUAUGAUACUUGGGUACAUUUGUUACCGGACAUAGAUGGCAUACGACUCCUGACGAACGAUGUCUGCGAGUUCAUACAAAAGGUGCCGGAUGAGGCGGUGGAUGUCUUCAGGCUAGGCUCGGAUUCGCCUGCUGCAAAUCUGCUAGAGGCAUCUUCAUUACUUGAACAGAAGAGCCCCAAAGCGGACGACCUCAUACAGCUAAUACGACCGAGUCUGGGUGAGGCAGUGGACACAUGCGUCAAAGCUGCGGCGCAUGAAUACAACAUCCACUGGCAGAAGUCGCUAUUGAAAGCGGCUUCGUACGGAAAGUCUGUACUAGACUUGUAUUCGUCCGACGACUUUGUCGACACGUGCGACACACUACGAGUUCUGAACGCCGUGCGUUUCUACGAAGUUGGACUGCCGCUCAGUUACGAUCAAUAUCGACGCAUGACGCCCGAGAAGCUUGUUGAGCGUCUCACGAACCGCAGUGAAUAUCUUCUCGCAUUGCGCAUAGCUGAGUACUUGCAUCUUCCAGCAAACCAGAUUCAUGGUCACUGGGCGCAGCAGAAGGUGCGCGUCUCGACGGAUCCAGAGGAAGAGAUCUGCAGUCUUAUAGUCAAGAAAUUACACGGAAAACCCGGUGUAUCAUUCGAGGAGAUCGCACGAGCGGCGUAUGAUGAAGGUCGUGUGCGACUGGCCACAGAACUACUCAACUAUGAACCUAGAGCUGGCAAGCAAGUGCCGCUGCUACUUAACAUGAAGGAAGAUACCAUUGCACUCGACAAGGCUAUCGAGUCAGGCGACACCGAUCUCAUUUUUCACGUUCUCCUACAUCUGCGCAAGAAAUUGCCUCUUGCGUCCUUCUUCCGCGUCAUCAACAGCCGACCUGUCGCUACAGCUCUCGUAGAGUCGUCAGCCUGGGACCAAGACCGCGAGCUACUAAAGGACCUCUACUACCAAGACGAUAGAAGACUAGACGGCUCGAACCUCCUCCUAUCCGAAGCCAUCGCGCAGGAAAGCCACACCGCCCAACAAGACAAAUUGAAGCUAGCAUCUAAAUACCUCCAAGAUUCUCGCGACAGCACAGCCGUCUUCCAGCGCCAGGCCAUCGAUGAUGCUGCCAAACUGCUCCGUCUCCAAACGCAGUUCGAAACUGAACUCAAUGGGCCGCGAGACCCCGCACCCACAGGCUCAUUGCCAGGCCAAACCUACAUCGGCCUUUCAGCAAACGAAACAAUCUUCCAACUCAUUCGGCAGGGCCACUACAAGCGCGCUUCAAAAGUCGUCUCAGAAUUCAAAAUCAACGACAAAACAUACACGUACAUCCGUCUGCGCGCCCUCGUGGCAGCACGCCACUGGAACGAGCUCGAAGAAUUCGCCAAGCAGAAGAAGAGUCCUAUUGGUUGGGAGCCAUUUUUCAGUGAGAUACUGGGGGCAGGGAAUACUAGGGUCGCGAGUGUGUUUAUUCCUAAAUGUACGAGUUUGACGGUGGGAGAGAGGGUCGAUAUGUGGAUCAAGUGUGGACUUAUGGUUAAAGCGGGAGAGGAGGCGUUCAAGGCCAAGGAUAGGGAGUUGCUUGUUGAGAUUAGGGAUAAGGCUGGGGGGAGUGCGGCGGUGGAGGUGGAGAGGCUACUGGGAAUGUUGCCGCAGGGGAAGAGGUAG